AUGGCUGAAACGAUAUUAAAAUUCAGUCGUAGUCUUGUUAAAAUUGAGACAAAUAAAGAUUUUUUAUCCGAUCAAAUUCAUUACCAAAUAACAUUUACUGUACUAAUUAUAUUUGCAAUUGCAUCAACAAGUCUUCAACAUUAUGCUGAUCCAAUCCAAUGUAUUGAUCCAGCUCAAUUUACUGAAGGUUAUAGAACAUUCGCGCGUACUAUAUGUUUGUUAAAUAAUACAUAUUUUUAUCCUCAAACUUAUACACGAUUACCAAUGAAUAAAAAUGAACGUUUACAACAUACACUUCGUUAUUAUCAAUGGUUACCAUUUGUUUAUUUAAUUCAAGCUUUUUUCUUUUUAUUACCACAUUUAAUUUGGAUAAGUUUUUAUAAACGAAAUGGUUUAAAUCCAGGUUUAAUGGUUAAUCAAGGAAAGAAGUUUGGUGAUAAACCCGAAAUAAGUCGUCGCCUUGCAAAAGAAAUUGAACGUUAUUUAAUGUGUAGACAAUUAGCACAAUGUAAAAAAAAAUUAUUAUUUCGUCAUAAUGUUGAUGAAAGUAUUGAUAAUGCUUCUGAACCUCUUCUUUUACCAAAUAUAUCAUUUCGUAUUCGAUAUCAUACAUAUUUUCUUGUCAUACUUUAUCUUUUUAUUAAACUACUCUAUAUUAUUAAUAUUAUUCUACAAGUGGUUGUAUUAAAUUUUAUUUUAUCAACAGGAACAUAUGGGUUUUUUCGUUUUGGUUUUGAUACUAUGAAAUAUGUGUUUCAGUCAUCAAUACGUGAACGUAUAAGUGAAUUAUCACACAAACAUCAACAAUUAUUUCCAUUUGUUACCUUAUGUGAUUUUCACAUACGAGAAUUAGGUCAAGACCAUUAUUAUACAAUUGAGUGUAUACUAUUGAUAAAUAUAUUCUAUGAAAAAGCUUAUUUUGCCAUGUGGAUUUGGUUUGCUAUACUUUUUAUAAUAUCAAUUAUCUCAUUUAUGUAUUCAUUUUAUAAUUAUGUUUUAUUCUUUUUUCGCUAUCGUUUUAUCGAUAAAUUUAUUCGUUUAGUUCAAGCUAAAAACAGACCAAAAAGUACACCUGGUAAAUCAAUGUUACAAAAUUCAAUAAAAGUUACAACAGUAGAUAAUAGAGGAGAAAAUGAUUUGUCAAUUGUUGCCGAUCAUCGAAAAGAUUUUGUUCAAUGGUUACAACGCGAUGGAGUUUUUCUUCUUCAUUUACUCAAUUCACAUUUAGGUGAACCAAUAACAAUUAAAUGUAUAGAAGAUUUAUUGGAUAUUUGGAUUAACAAUUAUAAAGAAAAAUCAAAACUUGCUGAACGAUUAUUAAAAAAUGAAUUUCAAUUCUCACAAUAA